CGGUUUCCAUGGAAACCGCAUACCUCGCAGGGAAAUAAGCCAAAAAGUUCACGCCAGCUGUGACGUGGUGACCGCAUGAAGGCCUGCAGGUGUGCACGUAGCUGUUUAAGAAUAUAAGAGUGGAGAUGAGCUGAAACAGAUGGAGGACAAAUUACAGGUGGAGCGAGACUACCACAAUAAGAAGCUUCACACAGAGCAGCCACAAAGGUGGACUCAGUGGGACGGGUACGUCAGGCAGGUGUCCAGUGAAAUGGUCCUGAAAGACACACAAAUCAUCAGCCUGCAGGAGAGAGAAACCACACUAAGGAUGGAGCUGGAGCGCAGCAGGAAACAGACUGAAAGGUACAAACAGCAUCUGAGAGCUGGCCUCAACAGAGAGAAAGUCUUGGAGAAGAACAGAGUGCAGAUGGAGCUGGAAUGGCAGCGACGCUUUGAGGAUGUGAAGGUUGACUACUACCUUGCAAACGAGCAGCUAAUACAAGACCUGAUCGAGGCCAGAGACCAGGCUACAGCUGAGCUGGUGGAGAGAGAGCAGCGGCUGCAUGAUCUGACCGUCUUACUCCAGUCCACUAGCAGGGAGCGAGAUCAGGCUGUACAGGGUCUCACUCCAAAGGUGGAUUCUCUGGCAUCGGUGGAGAUCCGGCGUCUACAGGAGCAGAACGGCGCCCUGCGUGCUGUGGUUACCCAGAUGAGAAAGGACAUGGAGGGUCUCGGCCAUCUUCUAGUCUUACCUCAUGCUGAGGCACCAGUGCAACCUGCGUAUCAGGAAUCUUCAGCCUCCAAAGGCGACACAGCAGACUGCCGUCAGCCUGUGGAGCAGGAGGUGCACCUGUCAGGUAAGCCCCUCGAGGAGCAGCGAGGAGGUGGACUGUCAGGCCUAGCUUCAGCCACGGAGGACUCACAACACAUCGAUCCAGGCAGAUCACAGCCUGGAAAUCCAGCUGGUGGUUCGUGUCUGGAUAAACGUGGCAGGCGUCCCGCUGUGACACGUGUGGAGUCAGCUUCCAAUGACAUCACGCAGCAGAGGACACUGGUGCCGCAGCUCCAAGGAGACAGCAAGUACGUGAAAGCAGCUCUGAUGUGUGGCGUGUCUAAGAGCGCCCAUCCUGCUAAAAACGAUGCCCAGCUCCUUCGCGUCAGGCUGAAGCAGGCGGCGUCCUGCAUCGCCCGUUUGAGCAGAGAGAAACAGCAGCUGAUAGCGCUGGGCAACCGCCUCCGUGCCCAGAUCGCCGCCGCCGGACGGCAGGCACCGGGGGGGCUGGAGAAGGACACCCCCACAGAGAAACUAGCAGACCACCAUGGCCGCCUCUCUGCUGUGGAACAGCUGCAGUACCAGCUCACCACUCAGGAGCUGCAGUAUGCACUGAUGCAGAGAGCUGCUGCUGAACAGCACAUCCCACCAACAAAGAGCCAGGCUUCCUUCAAAGGGACUGCAAACACUUGCUGUGGGCUCAAACCCAGAGACACGUCUGAGCUGCACUCGUCCAGGACUGUGUCGCAUGAAUCGCUGUGCUCAUUAACGAUGCUGUGGGACACGCUGGAUCGUGGACUUACGGACUCAGAAGGUGAACGUGGGCUCAGGAGCAGACAGUCUGCUGGCUCUGGAGUCCAGAUGAUGGUGCACGGUAGUGGUGUGAUUCCCAGCCAGCCCCAGACUGAGGCCCAGCAAAGCAGGAGCCAGUCUAAAACACUGCCGAGCACUACUAGGACCAACAGACCUGCAGUCCCUGCCAGGAUCAGCAAGAUCAGAAACUACAACGUUAAAGACUGAGAUGGACGCAGAGGACCAGCCCAGACCAGAGCUCCCAGCAGCUGGCACACUGGGAGUAACACACGAGCAUCACGGACAACAAAGAGAGAAGAGUGGGACAAGGAAGGGAACAAGACUCUGAUGAAACAACAGCAAACACACAUCAGCAAGGGAGGAAACAAGCCACAAACACAAGAACACUCACAGUAAACAUGAACACAAAGACAAAGACACUGCAGGACAGAGACAAACGAGACAGAGACAGACGAGACAGAGACAGACGAGACAGAGACAGGACGGAUGAGAAACACUCAAGGGACCAAAAACCUGAAGCUGAAACUGAACCACAGAGUCCAUCAAACUGAGCAGGAAGCAGAACUCGAAUAACACAACAGGACAACUAUGACUGACCGACAAUGAAGCAAUACAACAAACAGGUUACACUGGAUAAGAUGUGAUUGUUUGUCACCGCAGCAGAAGGAGAAAACUAACCCUGACCAGCAAAAAGCUGAACAGAAAUCAAACGUGUUGAACGUGAGAGUUUCAGGGAGGAAUAUUCAUGAUUUUACUGCUGCGCUCUCACUCUGUCAGAUCCAAUACCUGAAGGAACUACAGAGACACAGAACACACAGGAGCAAACAGCACGAGGCCUUAAACACACGAGGGGACGAGGCAGAGUGGACACCACGGGGGACACAGCUGGACAGAGCCACAGUAAGGGACUGUCAAAAUAAAACAGGAAACGUAACACUGACACAGACACAAAGAACCAUGGACAAAAAGGUAAAGACACGUGGAGGAAACUAAUAAACCUGAAGCUAAACUAGAGUCAACCAACCUGAGGAAGUAACACUGAUCAGUGGGUAAGAACUCCAACAUAAAGUCACGUACUCAUGAAU